GCAACUUCCGGGUUGAAGGCGGAGCCGCCGUUAGCUGGACUGUAAACAUCAGUUAGCCGUUAGCUCCCCCAGCUAACAUCAUUUCAGUGUCGAAAAGUAAACAAGGCGCGUGUGACCGUGGGAGAAAAAUGGCCUCGCCUCCCCCCCUCUCCUCCCUGCGUCUCCUCCUCUCUCCUCUCCGCCUGCUGACAGCCGCCAUGUGGCAGGUCGCCCGGCAGAAGAGCGUGAAGCAUUAUGGGAUGCUGGAGGACUUUGUUUCCCUGGUAACGGAGGCCGUCCCGGAGCUGCUGACGGAGCAGCAGAGGAGUCUGCUGCUGCUGGCGCUGAGAGCCAAGGUGAGCCUCUGUGACCCUCAGGCCGUCCACGCCCACCUGGAGAACACCUGCUCCGUCUCCGAGGCAACGACGGACCGACAGCUGGAGGCUCUGCUGGCUCUGAGCCAGCGUCCGGCGGACAGACGGCGCCUCCUGCAGGAAGUGUUCGACCACGGCUUUGACUCCGCCCUCCAGGCGCUCGUCUCUGACUUCCUGUCCAGGACCGACCAGCUGUUUCCUGUCCCCGACUUCAAACAGGCUGCGUCCUGGCUGGAUGCUGCCCCCCCCACCGGUCUGGAGGAGUGUCUGCAGGAGGCGGACAGGGAGGAUCUGAGGGAGCUGCUGACCAAUCAGAGGGGCCUGCUGGGCCGAGCAACCACCACAGUGGGUCCUGACACGGAGAAGAUCCUGCUCUCGGCCUGGUCCCACCCCCUCUUCACCCAACUGACCAAUCCUGAGCCUCCUCCCAGCGUGGCCGCGGCCCAAUCAGACGCUCUGGCUGACGUAGAGCUGGUGAAGGUGGAGGUGGAGGUGGAGGUUGUGCUGAUGGCGGAGGACGGACACCAGGAUGUAGAGGAGACUGUUAUUGGUCAGAGCGUGUCGCCAGGGGAGACGGAGGUGUCCAAUGAGAGCUCAGCUGCAGGCGGGGACGAAUGUCAGCUGGUUUCUGUCAGACUGAAGGACUCACCUGGAAACUUUGCUGACCAAUCAGAGGACACAGUCGACGAAUCAGAUCCGACCGGCUCUGAGAUCACGGCUAACGCUCUGUACAGCAUUUCCCAUAAUUCUCAGCGGGUGGCUCACAAAUGUCCGAAGUGUGGCAAGUGUUUCAUCUACAGAUCUCAGGUGAUCCGACACCUGCGUACCAAUAAGUCGUGCGGUGCGUCCAUGCCGGGGACCGGACCUGUGACCGUGCAGAGCGCCCCCGUGGCGGAGCCCCGCCCGCCAGAGCCCCGCCCCUCGCGGACGCACUCCUGUUUCCAGUGCAAUGCCGUCUUCAGAACCAAAGCGGAUCUACGGGCGCACCAGCGCAGCCACCGUGCGCGGCCCGUGUACCAGUGCGGCCAGUGCGACAGAGAGUUCCACCACCUGUCCAGCCUGACCAAUCACAAGCAGACGCACCUGGCGCGAGGCGGCAGUGGCGGCUUCACCUGCGGUCGCUGCGACAAGGCGUUCGAGUCCGCGGACGAGCGAGACGCUCACCGGCUGCUGCACCGGCUGCCGGACCUCAGCUGCACCGUGUGCUCGCAGACGUUCAGCUCGCAGACGCAGCUGCUGCGACACCUGCAGACGCACUCGGUGGAGGGCGCCGAACCGUGCUACAACUGCCGCUUCUGUGACCAGAGCUUCUCAGGAGUCACGCAGCUCCGGAUCCAUCAGCGCACGCACACUUUCCGCUCGUACCAGUGCGACCUGUGCAGCAAGACGUACGGCUCCCUGACCGGCCUCCACUCGCACCGGGCGAGCCACAGCGCCGAGAGCCGAUUCCUGUGCCCGCAGUGCGGCAAGCGGUUCAAGACGCGCGACGGGCUAGAGGGCCACCUGCGCACGCACAGCGGCGAGCGGCCCUACCGCUGCCCCUACUGCCCCAAAGACUUCACCGCGCUCGCCGGGCUCAACGUGCACGUGCGGCGGCACACCGGGGAGCGCCCGUACGUGUGCACGGUGUGCGGGAAGGGCUGGCCGUCUGGUGGAGACCUGCAGAAACACAUGAGGACGCACACUGGGGAGCGGCCCUACGUCUGCCAGGAGUGUGGCAAGGCUUUCUCCAUCUCCUGCCACCUCACCGAGCACCGGAGGAUCCACACCGGAGAGAAGCCCUUCUCGUGUCCAGAGUGCGGUAAAUGUCUGAGGAGGAAGUUCGAUCUGAAGAAACACAUGUUGUCCCACAGCGAUGUCCGUCCCUACGGCUGCGUCUACUGUCCCAAGAGCUACACCCGAAAAACUCACCUGAACAGACACCUGCUGAGCCACCGGACGCCGGGCGGGGAGACGGGCGGGGAGACGGGCGGGGAGACGGGCGGGGAGACGGAGCAACCGGCGGCGGCCGACUCCUGACACUCAGAACAAACGGUUUCUAUUCCCUCUGAUCUGUGACGAGCCACUGCUGCUUCACACACACACACACACACACACAGACCCACACACACACACACACACACACACACACACACACACACACAGACCCACACACACACUUCACACGUCAAGUUUCCUGUGUUUAGUGGCUGAAGAUCAACAUUAUAACUAGGGUUGGGUACCGAGACUUCGUGCUAAUACGGCACCGGUGCCUUAAAGGACCACGCGGACUUAUUGG